UAGGGCCUUUUUUAUUAAGUAAACCUAGUCCCUGCAUGUGUAGGCUGUGUGCCAGGACAAUCAAGAGUUAUGGGUGGUAGAGCGGUGAUCUUCAUGAGAGGAAGUUACAGCAAAAGUGAUAUGACACAAUUUUGUCAUUGACUCAUUCACUGAAGGACAAUAAAUACCACUUUGCCGUAGAUUUCCUGCAUAGUGACCAACAGGCUCAAAUGAUGUUUCAAGAAUUGGUUGAUACUAGACGAGGCCUGCAUCGCAUGGUGCAAGUAGCUGCAUUUGUAGUAUUUGUCCACGAUCUGAGCAGUGGCGGAGCAGCGCAGGCAUGGACCUACAACUACAGCACCAUUCCCAGCCGUGGAUGGCCUGAGGCCCGCCAGUGGUGCAUGCAGCACUUUACAGACAUGGUGCCCAUCCGGAACCAGGAGGAGAGUGACUUCAUCAAUAAUCUGCUGCCGUUUAACCCGAGAUAUUACUGGAUAGGCAUAGUCAAAAAGGAUGGGAAGUGGAUCUGGCAAGAAACCUUUGAGAAGGUGCCUAAAAAGGCUCAGAAUUGGGCACCAGAGGAGCCAGAUAACCUAGCGGAUCAGGACUGUGUGGAGAUGUACGUAAAGAGGGAGAAAGACACAGCCAAGUGGAACAAUGAAAACUGUCGCAAGAAAAAGGGAACCGUCUGCUACACUGACUCUUGUAGACAGAAUUCCUGCAGUGCCAAUGCCAAUUGUGUGGAGACAAUUGGGAACUAUAUCUGCCAUUGCCAUCCUGGUUUCCUGGGGUCACACUGUGAAGAGGCCAUCACAUGCAAACCAUUGCUGGAUCCAGAAUGGGGAUCUCACAACUGUUCCUAUCCCUAUGGGUCAGAUCGUUUCAACUCUUCCUGCAGUUUUCACUGUGAACUUGGCUUUCAGUUGGUAGGUGUGCCACAACUGCUUUGCCAAGCCAGUGGACGUUGGAACCACCCUGUUCCUCAGUGUCAAGUGGUACAGUGCAACAGUUUAAAGGCUCCACCCAAUGCUAGCAUGGAAUGUCAGGACCCUCAAGGAGUGUACAGCUAUGGCUCAAUAUGUUCCUUUCAAUGUGAAGAAGGAUUUGAUCUGGUUGGCACAAACCUGACGAAAUGUUCUUCCCAGGGAAACUGGAGUCAUACACUUCCUGUUUGCCACGCUAAGAGGUGUAAACCAAUAAAUCCUCCUCAUGGCUCCCUUAACUGUUCUGACCCAAAUGGUUCCUUCAGUUUUGGCUCUCGGUGCACUACAACCUGUGAUGAGGGCUUUCUACUGAACGGAACAGCCAGCACUGAGUGCACCUCCCUGGGCAUGUGGACCACAGAAAUACCCAAUUGUCUUGCUAAGAGAUGUCCCACUGUGAACGCUUCCUCUCAUGGCUCCUUAGUGUGCAUAGAUCCUCAUGGAGAGUUCAGUUUUGGUACUUGGUGUACAUCAACAUGUGAGGAGGGCUUUCUCCUGAAUGGGACGGCUGACAUGGAGUGCACAUCUUUAGGCACUUGGAACAGAGAAUUACCCAACUGUCAGGCACAACCAUGCCCCCUACUGGCCAGUGCUCCACAUCAUGAGAGGAUGGACUGCAGCCACCCAUACUCUCCUUUCAGCUAUGGCUCCCACUGUGACUUUGAAUGUGACGAGGGCUUCUGGCUGAGAGGAACACUGACUAUAACAUGCAACAACUCAGGCCACUGGAGUCAAGAUCCACCCACCUGCCAGCCUAUACAGUGUGAGUCCAUUCGUGCCUUGUCUUCAUCCCUGUCUAUGAACUGCUCACAUCCUCUGGGCAACUUUAGCUUUGGCUCCCAGUGUCUUUUCACCUGUGAUGAGGGAUUCUCCCUGAAUGGCACAGACGUGUUGCUUUGCUCCUCCACUGGGUUUUGGAAUGCCAGCCUGCCUACCUGCACAGGUAUGCCAGUGGGGUGGACUGCCAUUCUGCUGUCUACAGGUUUAAGAGCAGUUUACGUUGUUGUGCUCCUUAUCCUGAUAGCGCUGGCUGUGGUGGUGAUAAUGAGAUUUAAGAAAGGAAAUACGAUCACGGAACCGCAUGCACCAGCAUGGGGAGACAAAGAGACUGCAGCAUUUGAUUUUAAGACUUGAUUUUUGCAGCAAAUUUAAAUACUGCACUGAAAUGCAUGCUGUAAUUAUAUGAAGCUUGGCAGUUGUUGUAUGAUGCUGGUUAAAAUACAGUAGGAUUAGAGCUUCACUGUAACUGAUUUUUAUGCACACGUUGCAUAAAACAGUUAUCCUUUAAGUCAUAAAGCAAAGUU